GGUUCUCGUGGGUUUUUUUGGACUAACAGAAGCGGAAGAUGCGCACGUACGAACGCGUGCGCUGCGCGUUGCAGCGCUUCAAAGAGACCGCUGCGACGGAGCUGCGCAGGCGGCUGACGGUGACCUCUGACCCGGAGCGCCGCGCCUGGGAGGCGGAGCUUCUUGCCAUGAUGUUGACACUCUGCGAGCGUCUGCUGCAGGAACUGAAGAGGCUGUUGGAGGAGGAGGAGGCGGAGCUGAAAGGAGAGCAGCAGGACGAGCAGCGUGAGACGGCCGUCAAACCUCAGCCAAACUCCGCCCUUCUUGCCUCACAGGGAAACACCCAGCUGGAGAUGAACAGCCAAUCCGAUGUUCCUACAGGUGACCAGUUAGAGCGGGCUCCUGCAGAAGGUAGUGGGCGGAGCUUCAGGUGCAGCGUCUGCAGCAGCACCUUCUCCAAACGCUCCAACCUGCACGCUCAUCUGCGCGUGCACAGCAGAGAGCGGCCAUUUAGCUGUUCUGUGUGCGGCCGCCGUUUCUCCGCCCGCAGCAGCGAGCACGUCCACAGACUCACUGUACACGGGCGUCACCGGCCCCACGCCUGCUGCCACUGUGGGAAGGUGUUUGGCACACGCAGCCACCUAAGGGUGCACCAGGCGGUGGGACGGCGCCCCCUCACAUGUUCCAUCUGCGGAGAGAAGCUGGCGGCAGCAUGCAGCCUCAGGAAACACAGACUGAUGUGUCAGAGCGCGGGUCAGAUGUUCCAGUGUGCCACCUGCGGGAAGGAGUUCUCCAAACGCAGCUACCUGUCAGCUCACCGCAGAGUGCACCUGCAGGAGAAACCCUUCACCUGUCCCACCUGCAGCAAAGGCUUCACCACACGCCGCAGUGUCCGUGUGCAUCAGCUCACCGUGCAUGGCGGUCUGAAGCCGUUCAGCUGCGGCGUCUGCAGGAAGGCGUUCAGCCAGCAGAGCGGCCUAACAGCACACCUACGGACACACAGCGGCGAGCGGCCUCACGCCUGCGAGCAGUGCGGCCAUCGCUUCUCCAGCAGCAGCAGCCUGUCGGUGCACCGCCGCGUUCACACCGGCGAGAAAGCGUUCAGCUGUGACACCUGUGGGCGGAGCUUCAGCGUGUCAGCCAACCUGCGACGCCACCGCCUCAUCCACUCAGGUCAUCGCCCAUUCAGCUGCGAUGUGUGCGGCCGCAGCUUCACACAGGCCGCUCACCUGAAGGCGCACGGUGCCCUUCACGGUGGCGACUGGGCCUUCAUCUGCAACGCCUGUGGGAAAGGCUUCAGACAGCGCAGCGCACUGCUCGCACACGAGCAGAGCCACACCGGCGUGAAGCCGCACUGCUGUGGCAAGUGCACAAAAAGCUUCUCCUCGGCAGCGUCGCUAAGGCGCCACCAGCUGCUGCACGGCGAGCGUGCCGCUCAUGGCUGCCACCAGUGUGGAAAGAGCUUCAGCAGUGCCCACACGCUGAAGACACACCUGCAGCUGCACGACACUGCCAGACGCUUCUCCUGUGAUGUGUGUGGGCGGAGUUACAGCUCUCCGAGCUACCUUAAAAUGCACCGCCGCAGCCACUCAGAGGGGAAACCGUUCAGCUGCUCACAGUGCGGGAAAAGCUUUGCCACGCAGGCCAGCGUCACGCUUCACCAGCGCACGCACAGCGGUGAGAAGCCGUUCGUCUGUGAGGUGUGUGGGAGGAGCUUCAGCGUUUCUCAGAACCUCAUCAGGCACAAACGCGUCCACAGCGGCGAGAAACCGUUUGAGUGUGGCAUCUGCGGGAAAAAGUUCAGCCAGAAGGGAAACCUGAAGAGUCACGAGUUGGUCCACACAGGAAACAAACCCUUCAGCUGCACUUCCUGCGGCCGCAGCUUUGCUGCCAUGAGGAGCCUCCGUGACCACAGGUGUGUCAGCUGACCAGGAGCUCGCACACGCUCAGAGGACGUCUGUACGGAGGUCCAAGGAGUCACAAAUUAAACAAAUUAAAACUUUCUAUUUAGUUUUAACCAGAAGGACGAAAUUCAGUCUGGAUAAAUUAUUUUUUUACACAGAAACCUAAUAAAUUAAAUCUAAUAAAUUUUUAAAAAGCUGUGCAGUGCUCUUGU